AUGGGUAACACCAACACGAAAGAGUCUCGCUCCGAUUAUCCCGAGGGCCUCUCCGAUGGCCGGGAGCGACGCUUUGAUAUGGGAGACUCCCGCGGCAUCUUGGGUGAUCCACGCCUUCAGCUCGGAAGGACUGAGCGUAGCUUUCUGAGCAUAGGAAAUGGCUCUUCGUCUCGAAAUAGAGACCGACCAGAUGCCCCGUUCGAGCAUCGCGAGACAAAGCAAGAACGAGAAGCCCGGAAGCUUGAGCGCGAGCGAGUCCUACGAGCCCAAGAGCGUGAACGGAGUAUACGAGAAGAACAUGUUGACGGAGGAUAUCUCGUCACCAUGGGGACGUAUGUAGGGACUGAGGAUUUCAACAAAGCUGUUGUCAGACAGCUGCAGGUUGAGCGAAAGCUGGCACCCUUCUGGCGUGGCCUUAAUGACUGGUCCUCUAGCUGGGCUGAACACCAGCUCAUCGCAGUCGCUCGUGGUCUGCCUCUCCCGGCGGCCGAUGCGCCUCCUGAUCCUGAAUUGUUGCCUCGACCGCCGCCGCCGUCAAGUGACUUCCUCGCAGGGCCCAGCCUUAGCAAUCUGACGGUAGAGAUGGGACCCAGGACGCUCUCAACUGCCUCAGAUGUUAGCGGCUCAGGCACGAAUUCUGCGUUACCGUCUCCAUCGACGGCCGGGCCCUUGAAGGGCUCCAUUAAGCCAAGGGCGAGAGCAUUAGCUGCUGCUUUAAGUGUAGGCUCUCGCAAUGCAUCAUCCACUGACUUGGGCCCCAAGGAGAUCAAUCUUCCCCAUGAUCCGUUUGUUAACGGCCAGCCGCUCGAGGUUUAUCUUUACAAAGAUGCAGACGAAUGCCCCAUUUGUUUCUUGACCUACCCCCCUUACCUCAACCGUACCAGAUGCUGUGACCAGCCAAUUUGCAGUGAAUGCUUUGUCCAAAUCAAGCGAUCCGAUCCUCAUCUUCCCGAACAUCACCCUGACGGUCAAGCACGGGAUCCAAAUGAGGGUCUUUCUGCGGAGGACUCCCCAGAUAUGCUGAUAUCAGAGCCUUCUGCUUGUCCCUACUGCCAAGUACCCGAGUUUGGCGUUACAUACGAACCACCUCCCUUUCGGCGCGGCUUGGCCAUUGCACCAACAGCGUCUUCCACCGCCGCCUCAAAUACCGCCAUGUCUUCUCAAAGCUCCCUUAGCUCUACGUUGGUACCGGGUACUGCGACGACCGGGCGGAGAAGGGCGCAUAGUUUGUCCGUCAACGCACCCAACGUCAUCACUACUGAUCGCAUCCGACCGGACUGGGCUACGAAGCUGGCCGCGGCUCGUGCGCAUCAGGCACGUCGUGCUGCAGCGGCCACUGCUCUCCACACCGCAGCCUUUUUGAUAGGAGGCAAUGAGUCUCGGUCAAGAAUACGCACGGGCAGGUUUGGCAGGAGAAACACGGGGAGCAGCGGCGGCACAACCACUCCCGGAGGAGGACAAAGCGCGGGCGGAACCGAUGCGCCAGAGGGCCAGGAUCCUGCUGAAAGAACCCCGAGCCGGAAUCCAGAUGGCACUCGUCGUUCUAGAAUGGAGGAACUUGAGGAUAUGAUGCUUAGGGAAGCCGUUCGAUUGUCUCUUGCCACCGAAGAAGAACGAAAACGCAAGGUAGAAAAGGCACUUCAAAAGGAAGCCAAGAAGCGAGAAAAGGAGCGUGAAAAGGCGGAGCGAAAAGCUCUCAAGAAGCAGGGCAAAGAUCCUUAUGGGGGCGGCCUGAGCGGAGCCAGUGGAAGCAGUCUCUCCUUGGGUCUGGGCCGUAAGCGAGGCAACAGUGCAGCCAGUAAUCUCAGACUGGAGGCAGCAAUGCAAGCGGCAUCGCAAUCAUCCAGAGGACCAGAUGCUCCGGAUCACGAUAAGAAAGCAGAAAGCGCCGGCGACAAGGGAAAGGGGGUUGAUCGUGGCCCGCAGCCUCAAUCUGGAGCAACGGAAGCGACUUCAUCAACCUCGCUUCCUAUUCCUGCCUCAAGCCCUCGGGGAGGGUCGCAUCUAAGGCAUAUGAGCAACGCAUCAUCAAUUGGUUCUUCGUCAGCGGAUAGUCCUUCGGGAAGUUACCCUGGGCAGGGACUCGCCGGUGCGGAUGCCAAUGCUACUAAGAGACAAAGCAUGGGCAAUCGCAGCGACAGUGGUGACGGUGAGACGGAGAGCGAGCCCAUGCUAAAUUUCCGGAGCUUGGCUGAAAUUGUUGGCGUCAACAUUGAUGAUGGCUCUGUCAUUAACCAGACAGAGACGGCUGAGGGCAUGACCAGUUCACUUCCCCAGGUUGAAGAAGAAAAGGAGGAGACUGGCGCUGAGCAUAUAGAGCGAAGCCUUAGGGUUGAAACUUCCGACAUGAGCAAGGAGUCUACUUCUAAUGCUAGCGAGGCAGCGAACAGCUCACGAAACAUACCCCCGUUCCUCGACACGCCAGAGUUGACAAUUACUCCCGACACUCCCACAGUCGAAGAUGGUGCUGAAGAUAAGCAGCUUGGGCAAUCUAGUGUGCUUGAACAUGAGACUACUCAGACCACGCAUUAA